GAUGGCGUUUAUUAAAGAGGAGAGUGAAGAUGUGAAGAUUGAAGAAACAUUCACAGUCAAACAGGAAGAUCUGCAGGAACAAACAGACUUAAUUGAAGAGAAUGAGGGGAGUAAAGAGGAGAAACAUCAUGUCAAAAUUGACGAAAAAAGUCAAUUACAGACUGAUGGUAUUUUGAAAAGGAGAGACAAGAAUUGUUUCACCUGCACUCAGUGUGGAAAGAGUUUUGGAAGACAAAGCAGUCUUAAAAUUCACAUGAGGAUCCACACUGGAGAGAAACCAUUCACAUGCACCCAGUGUGGGAAGACUUUCAGCCAAAUAUCAGCCCUUAUCAAACACAAAAAAAUCCACACUGGAGAGAAAUCUUUCACAUGCACUCAGUGUGGGAAGAGUUUCAGCCAAUCAUCAUCCCUUAAUAGUCACAUGAGGAUCCACACUGGAGAGAAACCAUUCACAUGCACUCAGUGUGGGAAGAGUUUCAGCACAUCAUCAUCCCUUAAUAGUCACAUGAGGAUCCACACUGGAGAGAAACCAUUCACUUGCACUCAGUGUGGGAAGAGUUUCAGCCAAUCAUCAUCCCUUAAUAGUCACAUGAGGAUCCACACUGGAGAGAAACCAUUCACAUGCACUCAGUGUGGGAAGAGUUUCAGCACAUCAUCAUCCCUUAAUAGUCACAUGAGGAUCCACACUGGAGAGAAACCAUUCACUUGCACUCAGUGUGGGAAGAGUUUCAGCAAAUCAUCAUCCCUUAAUCUACACAAGAUGAUUCACACUGGAGAGAAACCAUUCACAUGCACUCUGUGUGGGAAGAGUUUCAUCCAAUCAUCAUCCUUUAAUCUACACAUGAGGAUUCACACUGGAGAGAAACCAUUCACAUGCACCCAUUGUGGGAAGAGUUUCAUCCGCUCAUCAUCCCUUGAUCUACACAUGAUGAUCCACACUGGAGAGAAACCCUUCACAUGUACCCAGUGUGGGAAGAGUUUCAGCCAAUCAUCACACCUUAAUCAACACAUGAGGAUCCACACUGGAGAGAAACCAUUCACCUGCACUCUGUGUGGGAAGAAUUUCAGCCAACCAGCAAACUUUAAUCAACACAUGAGGAUCCACACUAGAGAGAAACCAUUCACAUGCACUCUGUGUGGGAAGAGUUUCAGCCAAUCAUCAUACCUUAAUCUACACAUGAUGAGCCACACUGGAGAGAAACCAUUCACAUGCACUCAGUGUGGGAAGCGUUUCAGCAAAUCGUCAUACCUUAAUCUACACAUGAGGAUCCACACUGGAGAGAAACCAUUCACAUGCACUCAGUGUGGGAAGAGUUUCAGCCAAUCAUCACACCUUAAAAAACACAUGAGAAUCCACACUGAAGAGAAACCAUUCACAUGCAUCCAGUGUGGUAAGAGUUUUAACUGCUCAUCAUCCCUUAAUCAACACAUGAGAAUCCACACUGGAGAAAAACCAUUCACAUGCACUCACUGUGGGAAGAGUUUCAACCAACCAUCAAACCUUAAUCACCACAUGAGGAUCCACACUGGAGAGAAACCAUUCACAUGCAAUCAGUGUGGGAAGAGUUUCAGCAUAUUAUCAUCCCUUAAUAUACACAUGAGGGUCCACACUGGAGAGAAACCAUUCACAUGCACUCUGUGUGGGAAGAGUUUCAGCCAAUCAACAAGCCUUAAUGAACACAUGAAGAUCCACACCGGAGAGAAACCAUUCACUUGCACUCAGUGUGGGAAGAGUUUCAUCCGCUCGUCAUCCCUUAAUAUACACAUGAGGAUCCACACUGGAGAGAAACCAUUCAAAUGCACUCAGUGUGGGAAGAGUUUUAACAACUCAUCAAACCUUAAUCAACACAUGAGGAUCCACACUGGAGAGAAACCAUUCACAUGCCCUCAGUGUGGGAAGAGUUUUAAGUACUCAUCAAACCUUAAUCAACACAUGAGGAUCCACACUGGAGAGAAACCAUUCACCUGCUCCUAAGCCGUGGUCACACUGGACUUUUCUCCCCAUAGACUUCCAUUCAUAUGCACGUGAAUGCGUCAGACCGGAAACGCAAGUUCUUGCAUCAAGUUUCGCAGUUCACUUCUUUGCAAAGUUCAAGCUUGGUGAACUCUGACCUGCGAAAUCGCAUCACUUGACUGUGUCAGACCAAUCGAAGAUCAAAACAUGACCUCGCUGGACCAAAAUGUAAAAUAUGGACCAAUCGCUCACUUUUUUUAAAAUGUCGAAUCAUCUUGUUUAAUCCUGCCCCUUUUCGCAGAGCUGUACAACAGAAUUUUGCAUGCUCAAACUCUAGUGUGACCGCAGAUUCAGUGUGAGAUGAGUUUCAGCAACUCCUCAGACCUUAAACACAUGAAGAUCCACACUGGUGUGAAAGAGUAUAUGUGCUUGAGUGUGAGAAGACUUUUAUUACAGCUCCAAAAUUGAAACUGCACCAGACAAUUCACACUGGAGAGACCGUACAAUUGUUCACACUGCUACAAGAGGUUUAAUCAGUUAACACAUCUGAAAACACAGAAGAAGAUUCCCACUGGAGAGAAACCAUACAGAUCUGAUCAGUGUCUACAGAGUUUCGCUCCUUCGGCACAGCUUAAGAAACACAUGGACAAAAAGUUGCACGCAUAACAUAAAUGCAGCAAAACAUUUUCUCAUGUGCACAGGAUGUUUCAUGUCUGAAUAAUGUUUGAAAAGGCUGAGUGACGGUAUACUGUUUUCCAACACUCCUACACUGCAGUAGGUGGGCUUGUAAAUUUGCUGCGCUCCUCGCGUUUACCGUAAACACGAUGGCGGCUGAGAGAAGAACAGUUUAAUAAACAUCUGGCAAACAGCACCUCUGCGGCUUAAAAUCUCUUUGAAAUUUAUUGUACAGGUGCGGAUACAUUUGUACUCCACUCUCUAGUGUAUUCAUGUAGCUAGUGUUGUUUUAGAUGAUGUUCUUUGUCUGAAUCCCUGAAUGAGAAACAAAUCACUGUGAAGACACCGCACAUCAAAGAAGGUGGAGCUCCAGGACGGUUAGUUUGUAGUAUACCAGGGCCUCAAGUUAAGGAAGCCCAUUCAAUU